CAGUAAUAUGGAACAGCAAAUUCAACAAGCCGUUGAAAUUGCGUUGAGUGGUACCUCCGAUCCCGCCUUAAAGAACCAGGCCAUCGAUUUUAUCAACCAGAUCAAAAACUCGCCCGAAGGCUAUGCAGCCUCCAUCAAUCUCCUCACAGACGACCGGCUUGCGGAACAAACCAAGUUCUUCGUUCUCCAGGUCAUCGAGGACCAUAUCCCCAGCUUGACAAAUGAAGAAAAGUUCGAACUCAACAAGGCACUCUUCGAGCACCUCGCACAUUUGCUCGUGACUAACAAGAACGACCCUGUAUAUAUGAAGAACAAGCUCGCGGCCAUCUUCGGGACGCUCUUCUGUUCCGUCUACAUCAACAUCUACCCCAACUUCCUCAAGGACUUGUUAGGUUUGACCACGACAGCCAACCCAGACCUCGCGACGGACUACUAUCUCCGCACGUUGGGCAGCAUCCACAGCGAGAUCGCAGACAAGUUCAUCACGCGUGAACGCGCAGUCAUGGAUCGCAACAACAACUUGAAGGAUGCGAUCCGCUUGAACGACAUGACUAACCUUACGGAGUCAUGGAAGCGCAUUCUCCAGCAGUAUGGCGCGGCGUCGCCUUCCGCACUCACGCGCGACAUCCUCAACAACACACUCCGCAACAUCGGAAACUACAUUAACUGGAUCGAAAUCUCGCUUGUCAUACAGGAGGACUACGUACGUCUCAUCCUUCAAUUCCUCCUGAAGCCGGAGCACCAGCUCGACACGUGCGCGACCCUCAGCGAGAUUAUAUCCAAGAAGAUGAAACCGCAGAACAAGCUCGAGCUUCUCGGGCUCCUCAACCUCACUGCAUUGAUCGCGUCCAUGGACCUUGUGGCCUGCGACACUGAGUUCGUCGAGCAUGUGGCGCGGCUUGUCAACGCCAUCGGCUGCGAGCUCGUGCUCGUGUUGGACGACGAUGCGUCGUCGCCUGAGCUCAAGGCACAGGCGAACCAGCAGUUGCUCCAGCUCUGGCCCGUCGUCUUGGGUCUCUUGUCGCACGAGUACGACGAUGUCUCGCAGCAGGUGUUUCCGUUCGUGUCGAGCUACCUUCUUGCGUUGAAGCGGUGCAAACACUUGAUCUCGCACGACCUUCUCUCGACCUUGCUCAGCACCAUCAUCAUGAAGAUGAAGUACGAUGAGGAUGAAGACGGCACGGAUGAGGAGGCCAACGAGGUCUUUGCCGAGGUCAGACGCAACUUGAAAACGUUCCAGGAUGCCAUCGCAGUGCUCUCCCCGGAGUUAUAUGUCGAGGCCAUUGCCGUGGUGAUCAACGAAUCGGUCUUCAACGAUGCGAACGCAAAGGACUGGCGUAAGAUUGAGUUGGGGAUCUUUGAGCUAGCCAACUACUCCGACAGCUUGCGCGCCAACCUCUUGAGCUUGCCCAAACAGGAGAUCGUGGCGUCCAAGCCGUAUGCCAUCUUCCAGGAGUUCCUCGUUAAGGUAAUCAACCUCGAUAUUCACAAGUUGAACCACCCGUUGAUCCAGUCCAUCUUCUUCGAACUCAUCGUGCGCCACUACUCUUUCUUCAACAACCUGGAAAUGAAGGCUGCCUUGACAAACCGGGUGUUGGAGUUGUUCACAUCACAGUUGGGCUUGUUCAGUAACGACACAAAGGUCCAGUACCGUUGCUGGUACCUCUUCUUCCGGUUCGUGAAGCUCACAAAGCCAUCGCUUGCGCAGCCGGUGAUCGAAGGUCUAGUUCAGCAGCUCACCGGCAGCUUGUUGGUGAUCCGCGCACUGGUGCCGUACAAGCCCGCGGAGGGUGAGCUGGAGCAUGACGACGACAUUGUGGACGACAACUUCGACAACCAGUUGCACCUCUUUGAAGCCAUCGGGAUGCUUGUGUCGCUCAUGGACAACCUGAACGUGCCGUUCAAGGCCAAGAUGGUUGAGCGGGUCCUUUCGCCUUUGUUCAGCGACGUACAGCGAUGCAUCGGCCAGCCAUCGCAGCUCAAUCUCUACCAGGCGCACCACUUGCUCAUGGCGGUGGGGACGUUUGCACGGGGCUUUGCGUGGGAAAGUAACGCCAAGUUCGACGACGCACUCGUGGCACCGUUCAACGACGCGUGCCAGGUGGUGCUUGUGACGUUGGAGAGCUUCCACAAGCACGAGAUUAUCCGCGACGCGUCUCGCUUCGCGUUCGCGCGUUUCAUCCCGAUUGUCAAGACCGGCGUCCAGUUGCACUUGGCAAAGCUCGUGGCCCUGAUCUUGCUGAGUGACCUCCGCUAUAGCGAGUUGAGCGACUUCUUGAGCUUUGUGGGCCAGAUUGUGCACACGUUCAACAAGCACGCAAACAUCUACCAGUUACUCAAUGACCUCUGCACGCCGUUGAUCAACAAGGUGUUUGCCAUGGUGAACAGCCAGAACGACGCCACCAGGCCAGACAUUAUUCGCGACAAGAUCGUGUUGAAGAAGGCCUACCUUACGUUUUUGGCAUGCUUGACCCAAAACAACGUCACCAGCUUGUUGAUAACUGAGACAAACAAGAACACGUUUCCGGUGAUCUUGGAAGGCUUGUUGGCGUACGCAUACGACGUCAGCGAGCCCCAGGUGUCGAAAAUGGCCAUUGUGGAGUUAAUGAACAUCGUUACGGUCUUGGGGACCGGUGCGAUCUGCGACAAGGAGGAUGGGUUUGGCAGCACCCUCUCGGUGGACGGAUUUGGCGACUAUCUCAUGGAGAAGCUGGUGGCAUUGGCGUUUGAGUUGCCGUUUAAGAACCCGGACUUUAACGUGGCAGAUGCGCAGUUCCGCUUGCUAGCACAGGAGAUUUCCGCAAUGUUGAAAACGUAUUAUGGGGUGCGAGGGGAGGUGCUAGUGGGGUACUUGAAGGGGUACUUUGCGAGCAUGGGGAUCGCCGAGGGGGUGGGGGCUGAAUUUAUACAAGCGUUGACUGAGGGUGAUGUGAAGCAGUUUAAGCAGUAUUUUGUGACGUUUAUUCGGAAAAUGAAGCAGUAA